UUACAGUUAGUUUUUUCACUUUUAUUUUUAAUUAAAAAAAAACGAUAUUAUUUUAAAUUUGUAUAAAAUUCUUCCUUUACAAUUUGUGGCACUUGAAAAUAUUUUUUAUCAAGAAGAAAAACGUACAAAACUGAUACCACAACAACCACGAAUGUAACUAGCACUAGUAUAGACGUUGCCAAGACUUUUUCAGCGGAUCUAGCCAUCAGAGAGUUACAUUACUAUCGAACAGGAACAACAACAAAAUAUAACGAAUUUUACAAGACGUCAAGAGCGAAAGGACAAACAUAUGUUUGUAUUUGCGAGUGUAUAAUUUUAGUAGUUUACAAUCGAAUAUGGCACAAACAACAACGGAUAACAAUAGAAAGAUGGAUAAUCUCAAAUCACUGGAGGAAAUCAUAUAUCCAGAGAUUGAACCCGGUAUUAUAAGCAAGCACAUGAUCGAGAAAUCAUAUUUAGAAGAUUGCUAUAAAGGUGAAGAGGCACGUUUGCAUCAAAUGGAACCGGUAAUAUAUGAACGCAUAACAACGUUACGUUUAGAUUUUAGAAAUAUUUUACGCAUAGAUCAUUUAUGGAUACUACCAAAUUUAACCAAGUUGGCCUUAAAUUGUAAUAAAAUCGAGGUUAUUGAAAAUAUUGAAAUGCUGGUGAAUCUUAAAGAGCUCGAUCUUAGUUUUAACUAUAUAGAACGUAUAGAAAAUUUGGAAAAAUUGGUAAAUUUAGAGGUUUUGUCUCUAUUCAGCAAUAUGAUAACAAAAUUGGAAAAUUUAGAUACUUUAGAGAAAUUGAUUAUAUUUAGUAUUGGUAAUAAUCUAAUAAAUUCGACUGAAGGAAUUGAACGCUUACGUUUUCUGAAAAAUUUAAAAGUUUUAAAUUUGGAAGGAAAUCCUUUAUGUAAUAAUCCAGAGUUCUGUUUAGUGGAUUAUAUUGCCGCUGUUUUACCACAUGUCAAAUAUUAUGAGUAUGUGGCCAUUAAAAAUGAGGAUCGCCAAAGGGCUAAAGUACGUUAUUAUAGGGAACUUCGUGAAAUUAAGGCUAACGAAGAGAUCGAACUUCAAACUCGUGCCCAAAAAGCUAAAGAGGAACAAGAUGCAGAACGUCUAUCCUCAAGUUUCGUCGAACAUUUAAACGAACAUCAACUCUACGAGUCAUUAUGGAAGGGUGACGACGAUGGGCGCAUACUUAUGAUGGUCGGCUCACCAGCCGAUGAUUUGGCCGAAGAAUAUGAUAAGGAUAUUUUCGAAUUGACUCAGGAAAUCUAUAAGCUAGGUUUGCAGAAAUUUGAAGAACGUCAAAAAGAAAUUGAAGAAUUUACCAGCAGCAUGGAAGAAGGACACUUGGAGGUACAACAAAUGGGUCACAAAAUACUAGAAGAAUUUCAACAGUAUAAGGAAAAUAUAUUCGAAGAAGCGAUAGCAUGUCACAAGUACUUAGAAAGUAGAGCUAUACGGGGUGAGGAGGAGGAAACGGAAGAGAGUUUGGAAUAUUCAGAUAAAUUGGAUCGUAUAGCAGUGCAAUUUGAUGACAUGGUCAAUAAAGUGUGGCAGCAAUUAAUGAGUCAGGAAUUGCAUUUGCAUGAGACAACAGAGGAAACAAUCAUUAUUUUCCAAAGACGUCUUCAGGAGAUGAUAGCAAAAUUUGUCGAACAAGCUCAAACUUAUUUCGGCCAAUUGCGUGAUAUUGCUUUACAUUUUGCGGAAAAUUUGGGUGAAAUUGUCAAUCGUUAUAUUGCUACGAAAUUGGCUUUACAAGAUUUUGAAGGUGUUCCUGAGCCGCUGCGAAAUUGCAUGGAAGAUCGUGAAGCUAUAGCCAAUUUAAUAGCUGGCAUGAAGGACUAUCAUACACAGCGUAUCGAUGAACGUGAAGAUCGUUUAAUGACUCGCAGCAAAUCGUUCAUUGAUGACAUGAUCGAUAAAUUGAAUAAAGAUGAACUGGAGCGCAAUCGGGCAAAAGUUCUAGAAAUUAACACAUAUUUAGACUUGAUGACUGAGAAUCUACAAUCAUUGCAACAUGAAGUACGAGAGGGACUACUUAAUGAAGAAAGCUAAAUAUAAGAAGGAGUUAACGUAAUAAUUCAUUUAA